GCAAAUAUCACUUGUUGUAAACUGGGGAGAGCAAAUUGCUUGUCUGUGUUAAACAGCGAUAUACAAAAGUCUUAAGUAGAAAACUACACCCAGAUAACUGUCUCAUUGAUUGAUUGGUCCACCGAAAAGUCAUUCCUGAAAGUUCACAUUGAGUUUCAUCGUUCGAAUUAAAGGAUGAGUGCAGCUACUGUUCAACAAGUACAGAAGGGCCUUGGACAGGUCUCUUUAGAAGUUCCAUACAUUCAACAUCGUGUUGAACUUUUUGAGAAAUACAAAAAAGAAGUUGAGGAGGAGAUUGCCAACAAGCCCAGAGAGGAAAUUGACGUUACCCUUCCUGAUGGAAAGGUUGUCAAAGCUACUAGUUGGGAAACCACUCCUCUUGACAUUGCUACCUCGAUUUCCAAGGGUCUUGCUGAGCGUACCGUGAUUGCUAAGGUGGAUGACAAGCUAUGGGAUUUGACCCGUCCUUUUGAAACUUCUUGUACUUUGAAGCUUUUAGACUUUGAAGAUCCCGAAGGAAAACGAGUCUUUUGGCAUUCCAGUGCCCACGUCCUUGGUGAAGCUUCUGAGUUAUUCUAUGGCUGCCACUUGUGUGUUGGUCCUCCUACGGAUGAUGGCUUCUUUUACGAAAUGGCUAUCGAGAAUGAGCGUGUUGUUACCUCUGAAGACUACAAGAGCCUCGAAAACUUAGCCAAGCAAGCAAUCAAACAAAAGCAGCCGUUUGAACGUUUGGUCCUUUCUAAGGAAAGACUCCUUGAGAUGUUUAGCCACAACAAAUAUAAGCAACAGAUUAUACAAAACAAGAUUCCCGAUGGUACUAGUACUACUGUCUAUCGCUGUGGCCCUCUUAUUGACUUAUGUACUGGUCCUCACGUCCCUCAUACCGGCCGUGUUAAAUCUUUUGCCGUCAUGAAAAACUCUUCCUCUUAUUUUUUGGGUGAUGCUAAAAACGAUUCCCUUCAACGUAUUUAUGGUGUUAGUUUCCCUGACAACAAGCAAAUGCAGGAGUAUAAAGCCUUUUUGCAAGAAGCUGCCAAACGUGAUCACCGUAAAAUUGGCCGCGAACAAGAACUUUUCUUCUUCAACGAAGUUUCUCCUGGUAGUUGCUUCUUUUUGCCUCAUGGUACUCGUAUUUACAACACUUUACAAAACUGGAUGCGUGAACAAUAUUCCCAGCGCGGUUACCAAGAAGUCAUCACCCCUAAUAUGUACAAUGUAAACAUUUGGAAAACUUCUGGCCACUGGAAUAACUAUUCUGAAAACAUGUUUUCUUUUGACGUUGAAAAGGAGAAGUUUGCUUUGAAACCUAUGAAUUGUCCUGGUCACUGUGUCAUUUUCAAGAACCGCGAUCGUAGUUACCGUGACCUUCCUUGGCGCGUUGCCGACUUUGGUGUUUUGCAUAGAAACGAGUUUUCUGGUGCCCUUAGCGGUCUCACCCGUGUCCGUCGUUUCCAGCAAGAUGAUGCUCAUAUCUUUUGCAGACCCGACCAAGUGAGAAGCGAGAUUGAAGGAUGCUUUGACUUCUUGCAGCACGUCUACGGUAUCUUUGGUUUUACUUUCCAUUUAGAAUUGUCUACUAGACCAGAAGAGAAGUUCCUUGGUGACGUCGCUACUUGGGAUCGUGCUGAGACUCAGUUGAAGGCUGCUUUGGAUGCUUCUGGUUAUAAUUGGGAGUUAAAUGCUGGUGAUGGUGCUUUCUAUGGUCCUAAAAUCGAUAUCACCGUAUUCGAUGCCUUAAAACGACAACAUCAAUGUGCCACUAUUCAACUCGAUUUCCAACUUCCUGAGCAAUUCCAACUUGAAUUCCAUGCUCCUGUUAAUGCUGAAGAAGCCAAGGAAACCGGAAAUAACAAUAGCUAUAUCCGCCCUGUCAUGGUUCAUCGUGCCAUCCUUGGCAGUUUGGAGCGUAUGAUUGCCAUUCUUACCGAACAUUUCGCCGGUAAGUGGCCGUUUUGGUUGUCUCCUCGUCAAGUUUGCAUUGUUCCAGUUUCUGUUGCUGCGUAUACUUAUGCAGAGAAAGUCAAUCGUGCUUUAGUAAGCGCUGGUCUCUACGCUGACGUUGACUUGUCAGACAACACUUUACCUAAAAAGGUACGUACCGCACAACUUUCUCAAUACAACUUCAUCUUUGUCGUUGGUGCCGAAGAAGAAAAAUCCGAGAGUGUGAAUGUUCGUAACCGUGAUGAUCCUAAGAAGCAAAGCAAGGGUGAGGUUAUUCCCAUGAAGGACAUUCUUGAAAAGUUACUCAAGCUUAAGGAGUCCAAAUCUCGCGUCAACGACUUGUAAUUCGAGCCUUAUCAACUUUAGGUCCAUUUUUCGGGAAUUAGGGUUAUUUACUAUAAAUGCAACAUUCAUUUUUUUCUUUCAAUGAAAACAAACUUCGCAUA